AUGGAUAAGCCAGCUACAGGGGAGUGCUCUACCUGUUUUCCUGGCUCGUGCUUGCUGGCUUUUCAAAAUAGGUUUACAAGGUUAUUCAUUGAACAGUCCAGAAAAAGACCUCUGCAAAAGUCUGAAAGUGUGGGGCAAAUACCACAAUUGCUAUAUAAUAUAAACCUUAUUUCUUUUAUUUUUUCAGAUGCCACUAUAUAUGUUGGUGGACUGGAUGAGAAAGUGUCUGAAACUAUACUAUGGGAACUUUUUGUUCAGGCAGGACCUGUAGUUAACGUCCACAUGCCUAAAGAUAGAGUUAGUGGAUCUCAUCAAGGUUAUGGAUUUGUAGAAUUCUUGGGAGAAGAUGAUGCAGACUAUGCCAUUAAAAUUAUGAAUAUGAUAAAAUUAUAUGGGAAACCAAUUAGGGUUAAUAAGGCUUCAGCUCACCAAAAAAAUCUUGAUGUAGGAGCUAAUAUAUUCAUAGGAAACCUUGACCCUGAAGUAGAUGAGAAGCUACUGUAUGACACAUUCAGUGCAUUUGGUGUCAUCUUGCAGACACCAAAGAUAAUGAGAGAUCCAGAAACAGGAAAUUCCAAAGGUUAUGCUUUUAUAAACUUCGCAAGUUUUGAGGCCUCUGAUGCCGCUAUUGAAGCAAUGAAUGGCCAGUACUUGUGUAACCGACCAAUAACAAUAUCUUAUGCUUUCAAGAAAGAAUCAAAGGGAGAAAGACAUGGUUCUGCUGCUGAACGUCUCCUAGCAGCACAGAACCCUUUGUCUCAUGCAGACCGCCCUCAUCAGCUUUUUGCAGAUGCACCACCACCCCCAACUGGUCCACCUUCUUCUCUUCCACCAGUACCUCCCCCUCCUCCACCACCACCACCUCCAACAGGGCUCCUUCCUACAUCUUCAGCACCUACAUCAUAUUCAAUGCCUCCACCACCACCACCACCAACAUCAACUGUAUCCUCAAGUCUUCCACCACCUCCACCACCAGUCUCGGGUAUGCCACCACCACCACCUCUCAGGCCACCACUGAGUGCUGGCCCUCCAAGCUUUUCUAAUCCUCAUCCACCAGUUCCAGUCUCAGCGGGUAUGCCUCCUCCUCCACAUCCACCUCCAGUGUCCUCUUAUGGGGGAAUGGCUCCACCACCACCACCUCCUUCUAUGCCUCCCCUUCCACCAACUAGUUCACAGCCUCCAAUGCCUCCACAGCAGGGCCGUGGUGUUGGAAUGCCUCCAACAUCUGGACCUGCAAUUCCUCCAAGAGGACCACCCCCUGGAAUGCCACCAUCUAUGGGACCACCUCCAGGUAUGCCUGUGCCCCCAGGGAUGCGACAACCACCUCCAAAUAUGAAUUUUGGACCUAGACCUCCACCAUUUGGACCUCCCCCAGGUAGUAGGCCACCAUUUCCACGCAGAGGACCUGCACCACCACCACCACCACGUGGAAUGGGGUCCCAAGGAGGUCCUCCUCCUCCUCACGCAAUGCCUCCUGGAGGAAUGCGUCCUCCACCACCCCCACCUCCACCAAAUUAUGAAAGCUAAAAUGAACAUCCAGCUCUAAGCAGCAGCAUAAAGAUAAUAUUUGGUUUUAAAGAUUUGGAAAAUCUAUCUACCAUCAUUUUCAUAUAACCUGAUCUUAAUCCUUUGUAUAUUGUUCUACUAGUGAAAUAAAAUUUUCUUUUACUGGGAA